AUGCAGGUGCUGCUGGACCUUAUAGAGACAUGUGCUUUCUAUCAAACCCUGCCGGGGGCCCCCGGGGGGGGCCCCCCUGGGGGCCCCCAGGGCCCUGGGGGCCCCCAGGAUAACAACCCCCAGGGGGCCCCCUGCUCCCUGCAGGAUAUUGAAGAGGUACAGGACUUGUGCGCUGCACUCGCCAACGUAGCAGGUAGAUAUGAUGCAUGCAUUUUUUGGCUUGAUCUCCGAGAUAGAGAGGCUCUAGAGAAGAGACUGCGGCAACGGCUGGAGACAAUGUGCAAGGUGAGGAGACAGAAAGGAGACAGAGAAAGAAAGGAGACAGAGAUAGAAAGGAGACAGAGAAAAGAGACAGAGAUAGAAAGGAGACAGAGAAGAGAGACAGAGAUAGAAGGGAGACAGAGAGAGAAAGGAGACAGAGAAAGAAAGGAGACAGAGAAAGAGAAGAGACUGCGGCAACGGCUGGAGACAAUGUGCAAGGACGGCCUGCUAGACGAAGUGCGUUGGGUAGCAGCGCAGCUGCAGCUCCGCAGCUGGCAGCCACCAGCCAGCGGGGGCCCCACACGAAGCCCCCAGGGGCCCCCUGGGGGGCCCCCCAUGAAAGAGUCUGAGGUGGGGGCCCCCCUGAAAGAGUAUGAGGUGGGGGCCCCCCUGAAAGGGUCUGCUGCAGUCGCCGAGUGGAAGGAAAAGAUAUACGGGCCAGCACUCCAAAUAGUUAAAGAUUUUUUGGGCGGUGAAAAAUUUUCAGAAGAAUCGGAGUUUGCGGCGGCGAAGCAAAUGCCAGACUGCCGCGAAAAGAUGAAUUCAAAUUGCGAUCGUCAAGGAUAG